AUUUCAUUUCUGCCCAGCCUUGAUACUUCGGCUUCUCUCUCCGACGUCACCAAAUCGCCGUUACCCCUCCCGUUUCCGCCGGAAUUCUCAUUCUCCGUCGUUUUCCGAGGUUAGUUUCGUCGACUUCUCUCGGCUUCCUUUUCUUUGAGUUCCCUGUGUUGUCCUCUCCGGUGCCACUAAAAUAUCUCAGAACCUGGCCCCUGUUUCUCAGCGUGGGAUUGUUCAUUUUCUUCCAAUCACUGCACCUGUAGACAAAUCCAACAAUGCCUACUGUCAGCGUUGGCAGAGACCGCUUGUUUGCUGCCCUUGGACAAUCCUACACGCAAGAAGAGUUUGAGGAUCUAUGUUUCCGCUUUGGGAUUGAGCUUGAUGAUGUGACGACUGAGAAGGCAAUAAUCAGGAAGGAGAAGCACCUUGAAGAAGAAGCUGAUGAUGAUGAAGAAACCAUCUACAAGAUUGAAGUGCCUGCUAACCGAUACGAUUUGCUCUGUCUCGAAGGGCUUGCCCAAGCCCUUCGCAUUUUCAAUGGGAAACAAGAUAUACCUGCUUACAAGUUUGCUAAUGUUGGCAAGGACCUGAUGCUUAAAAUGCGUGUCCAGCCAGAGACAUCUCAAAUACGGUCUUUUGUUGUCUGUGCUGUUUUGAGAGGCUUAACCUUUGACGAGGCUCGUUACAACAGCUUUAUUGAUCUUCAGGACAAGCUACAUCAGAAUAUUUGCCGCCGAAGAACAUUGGUUGCUAUAGGAACUCAUGACCUGGAUACAUUACAGGGCCCGUUCACGUAUGAGGCUUUGCCGCCGGCAGAAAUAAAUUUUGUGCCUUUGAAGCAAACAAAGAGCUUCAGGGCUGACGAAUUGAUGGAAUUUUACAAGUCAGAUCUCAAGUUGAAAAAGUAUCUACACAUAAUCGAGAACUCCCCUGUCUUCCCUGUUUUGUAUGAUAGUAAAAGGACUGUGCUAUCUUUGCCCCCUAUCAUCAACGGUGCUCAUUCAGCGAUCACUCUUCAGACAAAGAAUGUCUUCAUCGAGUGUACGGCAACUGAUUUGACGAAGGCCAAGAUUGUUUUGAAUACAAUGGUUACGGCAUUUUCAGGAUAUUGCGAGACAAAAUUCGAGAUUGAACCUGUCGAAGUUAUAUAUGAUGAUGGAAAAUCACAAAUUUAUCCCGAUUUAUCAGUGUACGAUAUGGAAGUUCCUCUCUCUUAUAUAACAGACUUGAUAGGAGUAUCUUUGGAGGCAGAAGAGGUCACAAGUUUGCUGAACCGUAUGCAAUUGCGUGCUGAGCUUUCGAAAUCUAGUGAUAGCAGAAACACCAUCAAUGUACAUGUGCCCCCAACCAGAAGUGAUGUGCUCCACCCUUGUGAUGUUAUGGAGGAUGUCGCCAUUGCUUAUGGAUAUAAUAACAUCCCCAGAAGAAAGCCUACUUCGAUAAAUCCAUUGCCUUUGAAUGAGAUCAGUGAUCUUAUUAGGGCAGAGAUUGCUAUGAACGGGUACACCGAGGUGUUGAUGUGGAUUUUGUGCUCCCACAAAGAAAAUUUUGCAAUGCUAAACAGAAAAGAUGAUGGCUCCGCUGUUAUCAUUGGAAACCCUCGUUCUGCUGAUUUUGAGGUUGUCCGAACGAGUCUCAUGCCAGGAAUUCUUAAGACAGUUGGAAUCAACAAAGACCAUCCAAAACCUAUUAAGAUUUUCGAAGUAGGAGAUAUCGCCUUGUUGGACGAGAAAAAGGAUGUGGGUGCAUCCAACCGCCGUCGUCUUGCUGCUUUACAUUGCGGUGCUACUUCUGGUUUUGAGCUUAUACAUUGCCUAGUAGACAGAAUCAUGGAAGUAAUGGCGACCCCGUUUGUGCCCGUCGGAGAUAACACGGGAUACUACAUAAAACGCUCACAAGAACCCGAGUAUUUGCCUGGAAGGCAAGCGAGCAUCGUUUUCAAAGGGAAACACAUUGGCAACUUUGGAAUCGUUCACCCCGAGGUAUUGACCAAUUUUGAUAUCUCCGAUCCGUGUUCGUUCGUGGAGAUCGACAUCGAGAGCCUCCUCCUCCCAUAAGAGACGCACAAACUUCUCCUCUUGGAACCAUAUUUUGAUAUUCCUUAUUUACUAUUUAUUUUUGUUGUUGUAGUAAUAUACUAAAUUCGUCUAUUCGAUCGUUUUAAAUUCAAUAAAUUGAUGUGAUGGCUGGGCAAAAAAUAUUCGAUAACCGCUGACAGGAUUUUCGUGAAGGCUCGAAUUUGGUUACAGAGUUGUAAUUUCUA